AGCUCUGGCAGCGCAGCGAGAACAGAUCGCUUCCUAAGAGUGGUAAAACACUGAAUACUGGUUGUGCACGAGGAAGCUGACAGCCGUUGUGGACAUUUUUUUCCUGUCAUGUCUCGCCCGGUCUCACGCUCCGGCAGUGAUCGCUCUCGGAAACGUUCGCCACGACCAAGCGUCGACGAGGGGGUGGUUGUCGAACACAGUCCCAAUUCCAGUCGCGGAUCGUCCUCCAGCGCCGACAGCCUGGCACCGCCGCAGUACUCAGCGCGGGAAAGACUCGGCUUGUCGCCGGGUAUAAGACGGGCGCAUCACGGGAGUGUUGGCGGCUCUGGAAGUCGCAGCCCCCUGCUACCUGCGACCCGUCUGCAAAGAAAGCAGCCUACGUGGCGGUCGCAGUCCUGCAGAAAACCCAGCAGACGACACCUUGAAGUCCCCCGUGAAACGUGCCAGAAAAGGCGCAACAGUCUGCCGGACGCGUACGACAUAGACGACGAUGGGCACAUCUCGGAUGAUGCAGGAGGGGAGUUUUACCGAGUCAGAAAUUUCACAGUUUCACGCAAGGGUUUAUUCAACAGGGGGGACUCCUACAAACGUAGGGUGCUUCUGCCUCAGCCGACGCUGGGAACCGGUGAAAGCAGUGACAGUGUUUUCGCAGACGACGAACCGCCGGUUUCGCCACGUGCAUCGCCACGCGACAGUCGAACGUCAAGCACAGCGGCAGACCGUGUCUUCAGGGUGGCGGUCCUGGGGACCCCUGGAGUAGGAAGAAUGUCCCUGGUGCGACAGUUUACGACUUCCGAAGACGUGGCUGCAAGGGGAACGCAUUCGGGGAACAAAACUUCAGACCUAUCCGUUUCAGUACUUUUGGACGGACGGGAAACAGAAAUGCAGUUCGUGACAUCCACGCUUGAAGAGUGCCGCGAUAAAGACGUGGACGCCUACAUUGUCGUCUACGCUAUAGCCGAUAAGUGUUCAUUCCAAUACGUCUCUGAGAUCCUUCAACGAUUACGCCAGACGGAGGGCGAGCAAUGCGCUAUCAUCCUCGUGGGGAAUAAAAGCGAUCUCGCGAGAACGAGAGUUGUGAGCACAGAUGCUGGAAAGAAACUGGCGUCAAUAUUCAACUGCAAAUUUAUCGAGACAUCAGCUGUCCUUAAUCACCACGUUGACGAGCUGCUAGUGGGGACGCUGAGUCAAAUUAACAGGAGAGAAAUGCAGGUUGACGCCAUUGUGAAAAGAGACGCUGCGGAGGAAGACAAAUCUCUGAAAGAAAAAAAUCGCAUUUUCUCGAGCCUUAAGGCCGCCAAGGGACUUCUUAAUAAACUGUUAAGAAAAGGACCCUCCUCUAAUUCAUCAACGCCUUCAGACACAAAACUCAGCAUGCGAUGAGAAAGGCUAUCAAAGUCUUAUCAAUCCGACAGUACGCUGUCGGGUUCUUGAGAGAUUGAUUGUUAACGUUAUUAUCAAAUGCAUUAUCACAUCCAUUUAUCACCGUCACUUUUACAUAACUUGACAGCAUCCACAAAAGACACAUUAGUUAAUUGACUGCGUCUUCUGCCUAAUUAUGUACUUUAGUGUCUUUUUACUGCCUUAAGUUUUACAAAGUCUACCGCCGCAGGUACCUCCAUUGCCUUUUCCUUCGUUAUCGAUUACCUGUUUCUUUGCAACUCACCUGAAGUGGUUACAAGCGGCCCUUCUUUGUGAGUGCCCGGAUGAUUAUCUUGCAAGCAAGAUAAAGUGAACUUAAAUUAGCGAACACGGAACUAAGGUUUUCACCAGGAAUUCUAUUUUCAAAACAGAUACAGACACUUAACCGUCAUCUGCAUUAGCAACAUUAGUGAAAGUCACAUGCACUGUAACUUUACUAGCUAAUAGGAAGGUCCAUCUGGUAUAUGGAGUUUU